UGACAGUUGACUUUCCCAUUUUCAGUACGCUCUUAAUGAGCAACCUCUUUCUGUUGGUAUGUUUGAACAGACCUAAUAUGAACACGUUUGUUUUCCUUUUGUUCUGUUUUAACCAGUUCGGCAAUACCUGCUACUGCAACUCAGUCUUACAGGCACUUUAUUUUUGUCGUCCAUUUCGAGAAAAAGUUUUGGCAUACAAAGUGCAGCCUCGAAAGAAGGAAAGCCUCCUGACAUGCCUCUCUGAUCUCUUCAACAGUAUUGCUACACAAAAGAAGAAGGUGGGAGUCAUCCCACCCAAGAAAUUUAUUUCCCGAUUGAGGAAAGAAAAUGAAUUAUUUGAUAAUUAUAUGCAGCAGGAUGCACAUGAAUUCUUAAACUACCUACUUAACACUAUCGCUGACUUACUCCAAGAAGAGAAGAAGCAGGAGAAGCAGAAUGGCAAACUCCAGAACGGCAGCAUUGAGAGUGAAGAAGGAGACAAGCCUGAUCUGACGUGGGUCCAUGAAAUCUUCCAAGGAACACUAACCAAUGAAACCAGAUGUCUUAACUGUGAGGCUGUUAGUAGCAAAGAUGAGGACUUUCUGGAUCUAUCGGUUGAUGUGGAACAAAAUACAUCAAUUACACACUGUCUAAGAGGGUUUAGUAAUACUGAAACUCUGUGCAGUGAAUAUAAAUACUAUUGUGAGCAGUGCCGCAGUAAACAGGAAGCACAGAAGAGAAUGAGAGUGAAAAAGUUGCCCAUGAUUCUCGCUCUGCACUUGAAAAGGUUCAAAUACAUGGACCAGCUGCAUCGAUACACCAAACUCUCCUACCGCGUAGUCUUCCCCUUGGAGCUGCGGCUGUUCAACACGUCAGGAGAUGCUACAAAUCCCGACAGAAUGUACGACCUCGUGGCUGUAGUUGUUCACUGUGGCAGUGGUCCAAAUCGAGGACAUUAUAUCACCAUUGUGAAGAGCCAUGGCUUUUGGUUGCUGUUUGAUGAUGACAUUGUAGAGAAAAUUGAUGCCCAGGCCAUUGAAGAAUUCUAUGGGUUAACCUCAGACAUUUCCAAAAACUCAGAAUCUGGAUAUAUCCUCUUCUACCAGUCAAGAGACUAAGAGAAAAGAGACGUGUGUACAAAUAAAAGAGAAAAGGGAUCAAGAUAUGUCCAAGUGGAACAUAUUUGUGCCAGCAGAAGCAGCUCCUCGGUGCUGGAGGACCAGGACAGACCCAGUGGGGUGAAUAAAGGUUUCUCCCUGCCCUUUUGUGGAGGAUUAGUGCUGACUGCCGGAACAAGAAGAGCUUUUGUUCCAGUUUUCUUUCUGGGCUUUUUUUACGUGCUAUCUUCCAAAAUCUGUGUUACCUCUACUUGAAACCUGGCUGCUUAUUUGGUCAUGAACUGAAGAAGAGAUUGAAAAGUAGCAUUGUAGAAUUUUUACCAUUUAAUGUUGGCCUGAGGCUAUACCUUGGUUUCUACCAUCAUCGUUUUUCUGUAUUUUAGCAGAAUGAUUUCAAUAUUCAGUGUCAGCUGAAGGCAUAUUUUAGGAUAUGAACAGCAGCUGGUUGCUGGAUAUUUUUGGUGACUCAGACUUGAGAAGCAGUACAAAGCUAAGACAUAUUGGAAAUGUCAAGUCUGUAAUUUUUAUAAAAAAAACAGUCAAAAAACUCUGUCUGCAGCAUUGUGAAUUCCCCUAUUAUGCAUUAUCUUGGUUUUAGACAACACUAACAGCAACUGCUUCUUUUUUAUAUUUUUAUUUUUACUGUUCUGUUUCUUCUUGAGAAGGUAUAGAACGUUAUCCGUAUUCAGCCCAGUCUGUUGUGCAUUUUUCUUUUCAAGCAGAAGUUUUGACUCGGAGCCGCAUUGCUGCAGAUUUCAGGGGAGCAGCAGAGCAGUUACCUUUUGGAGAAUCUGUCUGGCAACCAGUUGCUGUAGAAAUUUGGAAGCUGCAGCGUUUUUUGGAGCUAUUACAUAAACCAAAAGUGCCCUCAUUCUGAAACGGGAUCUGUUCAACAUUUCACUCAACACACAGUAAACUGAUGCAACUCGCGUUUUGAAUCUAUGCUAAUACACAGAAACAGCACUAAUUGGGAAGGGUUAAUUAACCAAGGGAAGCAUUAUUUAUGGAACUAAUCCAGUUGUUCUUAGUCUUCAAGAUAAUGAACAAGUAAGAAGGAAAA